AAAAAAAGAAACAACCAAGUUAUUUCCCAUGCAGGACUCUUUUAGUGGGUCCACCCAAGGCAACCUAUAUAUAUAUAUAUAGCGGAUCACAUAACCGCAUACCUGAUAGCACGUUUUGUCCAGAAUCGUUAACACCCAAACACGUUUUGAAGAGCUCUGAAAAAAGAAAAUUUGUUUUAGGGUUUUAGAGGAGAGAGAGUGAGAGAGAGAGAGAGAGAGAGAGGAGGAAAAAGAGUUUUGUUAAUAUUUUAGAGGGGGAGAGUGAUGGGAAAUUGCUUCUCGGAUUUGGAGGGAGGAAAGCAGGCAGUGGGUGCGGCCCAGCUGAGGCACACAGCGUCCGGAACCUCGAACAGCAACAAGGGCGGCCACAACGACGCCGUCGACUUCUUCUACAGGUCUCGGGGACUGCAUCCUCUUUUCACUCAAAUAGAGUUGUCUCUAUCAGCAUCUAACUUGGUUGAUCGUGACUUCACUUCAAAGAGUGAUCCCAUGGCUGUGGUGUAUGCAAAGAAAAUAGACGGAAAACUGGAGGAGUUAGGUCGCACUGAAGUUAUAUUGAAUAGUUUGCAUCCUGCAUGGAUAGAAAAAGUUACAAUUGCAUUCCAAUUCGAGAUUGUACAGCCAUUGGUAUUUCAUGUGUAUGAUGUUGAUACAAAAUACCAUAAUAUCCCUGUGAAGACACUGAAAUUGAAGGAUCAAGACUUUCUUGGAGAGGCAACUUGUGUUCUAUCAGAGAUAGUGACCAAACAAAGUCGGAGUUUAACCCUAAAUCUUCAUAACAAAAAUGGGAAAACGGGUUUGAUGAACUUUGGGGCACUCACUAUCCAUGCAGAGGAAACAGUUGCUUCGAGGAGUGCUGUUGAGAUGACAUUCCGUUGUUCUCACUUGGAUAACAAGGACGUAUUUUCUAAAAGUGAUCCUUUUUUAAAAGUAUAUAGAAUUGUUGAGAGCGGAGAUUAUGUUCCAAUAUGCAAGACUGAAGUGGUGAACAACAACUUAAAUCCAACUUGGAAACCCCUAUGCAUGAGUUUGCAUCAGUUUGGAAGUAAGGAUAACCCAUUAAUUAUCGAGUGCUUUGAUUUCAACAGCAGUGGCAAUCAUGUGCUUAUUGGUAAGAUCCAGAAGUCAGUGGCAGACCUAGAAAAACUUCACAAAGAAAGAAGUGGUGCAAAUCUUACCAUAGCAUCUUCUCAUGAUGGUCACGAGAAGGUGUUGAAGGGACAGCUGUUUGUGGAUCAAUUUUGUCAGAAGGAACAGUACAGUUUUCUUGAUUACAUUUCUAGUGGAUUUGAGCUUAACUUUAUGGUUGCUGUUGACUUUACAAGCUCAAAUGGAAAUCCUCGGAAUCCAGAAUCUUUACACUAUAUUGAUCCUUCUGGCCGGUUGAAUUCUUAUCAGCGGGCUAUAAUGGAGGUUGGGGAGGUCAUUCAGUUUUAUGAUUCUGAUAAACGUUUUCCCGCGUGGGGCUUUGGAGGAAGAACUUUUGAUGGUACCAUCUCACAUUGUUUUAACUUGAAUGGAAGUGCAAGCAGCUAUGAGGUCGAAGGAGUUGAAGGCAUCAUGGCUGCUUAUUCAAGUGCUCUACAUAAUGUUGCUCUGGCAGGGCCCACUUUAUUUGGACAAGUGAUUAAUACAGCUGCGCAAAUUACCAGCGAGUCCCUCUCAUACACCAGCAACAAGUAUUUUGUCUUGCUCAUUAUUACGGAUGGAGUCCUUACAGACCUUCAAGAAACAAAAGAUGCUUUGGUGAGGGCAUCUGAUCUUCCACUGUCGAUUCUUAUAGUGGGAGUGGGAGGAGCAGAUUUUAGACAAAUGGAGGUCCUUGAUGCAGAUAGUGGACAGCGAUUAGAGAGCUCUACAGGUCGUGUUGCUACGCAUGACAUCGUACAGUUUGUUCCAAUGCGAGAAGUGCAUAGUGGGCAGAUUUCUGUGGUGCAGGCUCUUUUGGAAGAGCUACCUGGACAGUUUUUGACCUACAUGCGGAGUAGAGACAUAAAGCCACGCUCUUCCCAUGUAGCCCAAACCUCUGCUUAACUACAUUUGCCAAACCACAUAUACGUUGAUUGUCAGCAGUAAUUAGGG